AUGGCUCCUCGCACCUUGACCGACCGAGGUGCCGUUGCCAUCAUGCAGUAUCGUAAUGCAAAGCCUGAUCCAGAUGCCAACGAUAUUUGGCCCGAGUUCCGCAGUGCUGCUAAGUUGCCCGCUCAAUAUAGCCUACUCGAUAAAGAUAAAUCCCUGCCUGAAGCCUCUCGGACAAAGCGAAGAUCCCCUAACAUUGGCAAGAAGAGAGUGAGCAAAGACAAGCAGCCAGAUAUUCUCGGUCGUCCGAAAUGGGAUCUACCUGUCGAGCUCGUAGAGAUUAUCGCCAGCUAUCUAGACCGUGACGACAUCAAAUCCCUUCGCAUGGUGAGCCGCGAGCUCAACUACUUUGUCUCGCAAGUUAUUUUCCAGACGGUUGUAGUGCCGUUCAACACUGAAAUAUAUGGCAUGCUGGCCCAGGGCCAGAAGCCGGAUCUCAAAGGGAAGAAACGGGCAAGACGAGAGAAGCCAGGAUACUCGUGGAGGAAUGCUAAUGGUGACGAAGUAUACAAUGGUCAUGGACUGGACGUUUUUAAGGGAUUCGGCCAGCAUAUCCUCCAAUACGGAAUGAGCUUCGAAGUCAACGAAGAAUCACUUUCGCAACCGCCCAUCAAGUCGCUGACUGAGAGUAAGACAAGCUUUUGGGGGAACUAUGAUUGGCCCUACGAGGAGUACCGUCGCUUCGAUGCCGUCGCCGGACUUGAGACGGCUGCAGACGAGACGCCACGAAUGACGUUGGCAUUUUCCGAGCUUACUAGGGUCAAGGAGCUAGCAUUGUCCGUCGACAGUGGUCUUGGGUGGCUCAACGGCCCUGACCGAUCCAUCCGUGCGCGUAUAUUGCGGAGAUCGCCAUCAGUCUUUGGCACGUCGAAAGAUGUCCCCGAUCGCCGUGCACAAGCACAGCAGGAACUUUGGCGGUACAUCCAAGCACGCCACCAACUUGCUGGUGAUGACAUAAAGUUGGCGACGCUGUAUCGACUGGAUGGAGCGCGACCAUUGGCCGAGGUUGACGAAGCUCGUAUGCUUGCAGAGGAACAACCAGCCAUGCCAUAUCUUGAUGCGCAACUAAUCCAUGAAGCCAUUCCUCAUGAUGCUGCAGAUGUGUCACUGCCAGCGUCAUUUGAUGAGCCAGAGAUGCUUGACCGAUUCGUCUUGGAACCCUCUGCAUUUCGAACCGGGGUUUUGUUCUCAUCCACGUCGCCGCCAACAGAUGCCGCGCAAGUCAUGAGUCCAGUCAUACCCGCUUGUCUCACAAAAGCCCAGAAAGAAUGGCUGCUUGAGACUGAGUGGGCUCAGCGUGCCUUCAUGUCUUCGUACAUGCUCUCCAUUAUCGAUAACCCCACAACAUUCACGCCUGUCCAUACUCUGAAUAUCUCCAGGCUCUCUGACCGCUACCUUGUGAUGCUCAACCGCCCGGACUUUUGGAGCGCUUUGCCGAAUCUGAAGAGUCUGACACUCAUGGUGAUACCCGGUUGGCGGAAUGUUUACAAAGAUGAAGCUGGAUUUGUGGAUGCUCCGAGAAUCAACCCUGUGAACGGUCUUGAUACUUUUCUCGAUUUAAUGAGCAACCACGUCGCUACUAGACCAAAUAUCAAGGACCUGAAAAUUGGUUGGGUGGGUGGUGGAGAGCGCGCGGAGGGGUUACAUGCGCGCAACAAGCUUCUUAUGCCUGCUCCACUCAUGCCAAUGGCUUUUGCCAACAGUUCUUUCACGUUAUACGAGAUGAUUGCAGAAACGGAUGCGGAUCAUUUACGAGCUGCUCUGCUUCGAUUUCCCCACGUUGAACGACUGGUUCUGGAAAAUUGCUGGAUUACGCCUGCUACGUUGCUACAGUUCGUCAAAAUCCAUGAUGCCAUGAACCUGAAGCAUCUGGUUUUAGACUCUGUAUCAGCGACCGCAGUCUUGAGGCCUCAGGGUAAUGGCAACGCCAAUCAAGCUGCUCAGCCCCUAGCUGCGCUUCUCAUGCAGGCGCUUCCGGCGCCUCUCCCAGGCAUAGGUGGUGCUGCCAAUGCCUGGAAUAACAACACUGGUCUACAAGGUGCCGCAAAUCAAGCACAGCCUCAACACCCUCAGCCGACAAAUGCCCAAGUCCUAAAUUGGCUUGUUCAGUCACUCACGGCACAAACGCAGAUCAUACAGAACUUGCAACAAGCACAGGGCAAUGGUCAGCAAAUCGCUGCUUUCGCAACCCUGUCGGCUCAAGUGCAAGCACACUUGCAGCGCGUAAACCAGCUCCAACAUCACCAGCAACUGUUGAAUCUAGCACAAAAUCAACAGCAGGCUUUUAAUCAGCACCAAGUUGCAGGCCCGGCACAGGGACAGCAACAAGGUCAAAACUUGACUUCUUCAUAUCAACAAGUACUCUCACAGCAGAACCAGGCUCUCAGCCAAACCCAAAUCAGUGUAGCCGGUAUAGGCGCCCAACUGCAAGUAUUGCAGCAGCAUCUUCUUGCCCCUGUACCACCACCUCCUCUACAACCCUACCAGCCGCCUGCCAACCCUCAGUCUUUACUGCAAGCCGAGCCGCGCGAAGGAUCAUGGACUUGGCUCAUCGACCAAAUCUCGCCCGGCACAAACCUCACCGACUUCAACUCGACACACUCCCUCGCCGACCCCGCGCGCACUUCCUCGCUCCAAACCAUCCAGUUCACGUCUUGCGGCUACGCCAAGCUCCCACACGCCAACUUUGACCAAGCGGCCAUUGAUCACGGCAACAGGUUCGCCGCGUCGACGAUGAACCCGCUCCUCAUGCGGCGUCACAAUGCACUCUGCCCUGCCAUGAUGGCAGCUAAGUGGGCACAUCUAGGCGAGAUUGUGCAGGACAAUGAGGCGAGCGAGUUCGUGGUGUUGGAAGCGGCGUGGGAUUUGAGGGAAGGAGCGGGUUGGGAAGAUGAAGAGGCUGAGGCUGUGGAAUUUGAUGGAUGUGCGAGAGGUGGGACGGGUAGGUUUAGCGGGUGCGUCAGGAGGGCGGAUAGAGUGAAGGUAGAUGAGGUAUGA